AUCAAUUUUUCAGGAUGUCCUCAAAAUUACACUCAACCUAAUGGAAUGAUUUAUAACAUAAGAUAUCCAUGGAGCUAUUAUUAUAAAGAAAGCUGUAAUGUAUUUAUUAAUGCUCCAGAAAAUUAUGCCAUAAGUUUAUAUUUUCAAGAAUUUCAUGGAAGCUAUAGAAAUGCACCUGCUAAUUGUGAAAAUUCUGGAUUGGAAGUACAUAAUGGCUCUGAUAUUUCUGCACCAUUGUUAGGAAUCUUCUGUAGUAGAACACCAAAUCCUAUAUUUUCUUCUUCAAAUAAUUUGUUAUUACGAAUACGGCCGCAGAAUUACCUUAAAUUUGUUAUUAUGUAUUCCAUUACUGAUCAAGGUCCAGGAUGUGGAGGAAAUUUUACUACUAUCAAUGGAACUUUUACAAGUCCUAGAUUUCCUGGUUUUUAUAAUAAGACUUCAGAAUGUCGAUGGUAUAUAUCAGUUGUUGGAGAACAUACAGUUUCACUAAAAUUUGAUGUAUUUGAAUUAAAUUCAACAAUUGGAUGCACCUCGAAUUAUGUAGAAGUAUAUAAUACACAUGAUGAAUUAGAAUCUAAUAAAGUCAGUCGUUACUGUGGAAAUGAUCGACCUGGAACAAUUACAUCUGACUCAAAUGGAAUUCUUGUUAAAUUAGUGACAAAUUCAACAAAUAAUUUAUCUGGUUUUAAGGCACACUUUUUCACAAAUUCUGUUGGUCGACCUUUAAGACAUGUAGUUAGAGUAAAUCCUUCUUCAAAUUAUGAUUAUUAUUAAACUUAUAAAUUUUUGAAUAUAUACUGUUAUCUACUUUCAUAAAAAUUGUUAAAUCUACUGAAAAAGAAAUAAUGUAUAAAAGUAUUAAAAACUAAUUCCUAACUGUUUUAACUGUUCAGUUGAAUUUGGUCAAUAAAUAAAAUUGUUUUUGUAAAAA